UAAGUCGACAAAAUAGCUACGCGCAACUACAUAACGCGCCACUUGCAACAAAUUAUUAGUGAAUAAUGAAUUAUUGUUGUUUUUGACUGCAUUCUAGUUCAGUUUCGAAGACGGUUCGCGUGUUUUUGUGUGUUGUCUGUGCGGCUCGGAUGUGCAGCGCGUGCAAGCAGCUCAUGUGUGCAUGUGUGUGUGCGGUUCUGUGUGCGUGCAAGUGUUUGUGUCAAUCGUAAAAACGAACAAAAUUUACCUAAAAACAAAGCAAGUCUAAUGCUAGUGUACAUAUUAUAUCGCAAGUGUAUUUUUAUUUGUGGCAGAAACAAAUACAAGUACACGAUAUUUGUUUUUAACAAUUGAGAUACGCACACAUACGCAUAUGCAUACAAACAAACAAAACUACAUAAUCAGGCAAACGAAGCCAGGUGCGACCGAUCCUCGCCCUUUUUUAUGUCAAAUGUCGUUGCGUCUUUGAGAGUGUGUGUAAAAUGGCUCGAGAGCCAUACACAAGUCAUACAACUUCUAACAUUAAGUUUAAACAAAUUGAACAACAAUUGUGCCAAAUAAUAACUGCAAAUACAAAAGCAACCAAUCAAACAAAACGAAAAUGUGCAAAUAAAACGACGAGUUCCGUGGGCUUAUUAUUUUGCGCCCGAAGCAGUCGUCAGAGCUUUGUUGUGAUAUGCUUUCUCCUGUUAUGCUGUUGCGUCUCCAACAGUUGGCAAUACAAGAAUGUGCACACUCCCGCCUCAUCUUCGCUGAUAUCGACGUCUUCCAAUACAUUCAUCAACACGCCGGCGACGCUACUCUACACGACACGUCAUGACAUUCAGGUGGCGAACAUUACAAAACCCACGGGUGGACCACAAAUUGAUGUCAUUGUGAAGGAUUUGGCCGAGGCAAUGGCCAUUGAUUUCUACUAUGCCAAGAAUUUGGUCUGUUGGACCGAUUGCGGUCGUGAGAUAAUCGAGUGUGCGCAAACCAACAUCACGCUGCCGUUGGCCAAGGCGCCCAAACAAACUGUGAUAUCGACGGGCUUGGACAAACCAGAGGGCCUGGCCAUUGAUUGGUAUACGGACAAGAUCUAUUGGACUGAUGGGGAGAAGAAUCGUAUUGAAGUUGCCACACUCAACGGCAAAUACCAGAAAGUGCUCUUCUGGACAGAUUUGGAUCAACCUCGAGCCAUAGCCGUUGUGCCGGCAAAGCGACUCCUCAUUUGGACGGAUUGGGGUGAAUAUCCGAAAAUCGAACGCGCGAGUAUGGAUGGAGAUCCCCUCACACGCAUGACCCUGGUCAAGGACAAUGUGUACUGGCCCAACGGCCUUGCCGUGGAUCUGAAAAGUGAGCUAAUCUAUUGGACAGAUGGAAAACACCGAUUCAUCGACGUGAUGAAGCUUGACGGCAGCAAUCGAAGAACCAUUGUCAACAAUCUGAAGUAUCCGUUUAGCGUAACUUAUUUCGACAAUCGCCUAUAUUGGACAGAUUGGUCGCGAGGUUCGCUAAAUGCCUUAGACUUGAACUCUCGCGAACUGAAGGAGCUAAUUGAUACUCCAAAAGCCCCCAACUCAGUGCGUGCCUGGGAUGCAGCGCUCCAGCCCUACGAGGACAAUCCCUGUGCUCAUAACAAUGGGAACUGCUCGCAUUUGUGUCUGCUGGCCGCCAAUUCUCAGGGCUUUAGCUGUGCUUGUCCCACUGGUGUAAAGCUCAUCUCACCCACCACCUGUGCGAAUGGGUCCCAGGAGAUGCUCUUCAUAGUGCAACGCACACAGAUUAGCAAAAUCUCCCUCGACUCACCAGAUUAUACAAUAUUUCCACUGUCCUUGGGGAAAGUGAAAUAUGCAAUUGCUAUUGACUAUGAUCCCGUAGAGGAGCAUAUCUAUUGGUCCGAUGUGGAGGCCUAUACCAUAAGACGUGCCCAUGCCGAUGGUACUGGUGUAACCGAUUUCGUGACUUCAGAGGUGCGUCAUCCGGAUGGGUUGGCCUUAGAUUGGCUCGCACGUAAUUUAUAUUGGACAGAUACGGUAACGGACCGCAUUGAGGUGUGCCGGUUGGACGGUUCGGCACGCAAGGUGCUCAUUUAUGAGCAUUUGGAAGAGCCAAGAGCAAUAGCGGUUGCACCAUCUCUCGGCUGGAUGUUUUGGAGUGAUUGGAACGAGCGCAAGCCGAAGGUGGAGCGUGCCUCACUCGAUGGAUCGGAGCGUGUGGUUCUUGUGUCGGAGAAUUUGGGUUGGCCCAAUGGCAUAGCCCUGGACAUUGAGGCUAAAACGAUUUACUGGUGCGAUGGCAAGACAGACAAACUAGAAAUGGCCAAUAUGGAUGGCUCGGAUCGACGCGUCGUAAUCAGCGAUAAUCUGAAGCACCUAUUUGGGCUCAGCAUACUUGAUGAUUAUCUCUACUGGACAGAUUGGCAGCGUCGCUCCAUUGACCGAGCCCACAAAAUAACUGGAAAUAAUCGGAUUGUGGUGGUGGACCAGUAUCCAGAUCUCAUGGGCCUGAAGGUAACCCGAUUGCGUGAGGUGCGUGGCCACAAUGCCUGCGCUGUUCGCAACGGUGGCUGCUCACACCUGUGCCUAAAUCGUCCCCGCGACUAUGUCUGCCGGUGUGCUAUCGACUUCGAGUUAGCCAAUGACAAACGGACCUGUGUUGUGCCAGCUGCCUUCCUGCUCUUCUCACGGCAGGAGCACAUUGGACGCAUUUCCAUUGAGUACAAUGAGGGAAACCACAAUGACGAGCGCAUUCCAUUCAAAGAUGUGCGCGAUGCGCAUGCCCUGGAUGUGGUGGUGGCGGAACGACGUAUAUAUUGGACAGAUCAGAAAUCAAAAUGCAUCUAUCGUGCUUUCCUCAACGGCUCUUAUGUGCAGCGUAUUAUAGACUCCGGCCUAAUAGGUCCCGAUGGAAUCGCCGUAGACUGGAUGGGUCAUAAUAUAUACUGGACCGAUGCAGAGGCGCGACGCAUAGAGGUAGCACGUCUGGAUGGUAGCAGUCGCCGAGUGCUGCUGUGGAAGGGUGUAGAAGAGCCGCGCUCACUAGUGCUGGAGCCCAAGCGGGGUUACAUGUACUGGACGGAAUCACCGUCGGAUUCCAUACGCCGGGCAGCAAUGGAUGGCUCCGAACUGCAAACUAUCAUAGCGGGCGCUAAUCAUGCGACAGUAUUGACCCUCGAUCAGGACACACGAAGACUGUACUGGGCCACCCAAUCCCGGCCGGCGAAAAUCGAAAGCGCCGACUGGGACGGCAAGAAGCGACAAGUGUUGGUGAGCAGUGAUAUUGAUGAGCCGUACGCAGUGUCCUUGUAUCAGGAUUACGUCUACUGGAGCGACUGGAAUACUGGAGAUAUUGAACGGGUGCACAAAAUAACUGGACAGAACCGUAGUCUGGUACAUUCCGGCAUGACAUACAUCACAUCGUUACUUAUUUUCAACGACAAGCGACAGACGGGUGUGAAUCCUUGCAAGACAAACAAUGGUGGCUGCUCGCAUUUGUGCCUCUCGCUUCCCAAUCGGCGUGGUAUGACUUGCGCCUGUCCCACACACUAUACGCUCUCAAAGGAUGGGUUCUCGUGCAUACCACCACGCAACUACAUCAUCUUUAGUCAAAGAAAUAGCUUUGGGCGCCUGCUACCGAACACCACGGACUGUCCCAACAUUCCGCUGCCAGUGUCGGGCAAAAAUAUACGCGCAGUCGACUAUGAUCCCAUCACUCAUCAUAUCUACUGGAUUGAAGGUCGUAGCCACAGUAUUAAACGCUCCCUGGCCAAUGGCACCAAGGUCAGUUUAUUGGUGAAUAGCGGGCAGCCUUUCGACAUUGCUAUUGAUAUCAUUGGACGUUUGCUCUUCUGGACAUGCUCCUAUUCAAACAGCAUCAACGUUACCAGCUUUCUUGGUGAAACCAUUGGCGUUAUUGAUAAGGGCGAUUCGGAGAAACCGCGCAACAUAGCCGUGCAUGCCAUGAAGCGUCUGCUUUUCUGGUCCGAUGUGGGCAGCCAUCAGGCCAUCAUUCGUGCACGCGUCGAUGGUAACGAGCGUGUAGAACUGGCCUACAAGCUAGAAGGCGUCACAGCUCUGGCACUGGAUCAGCAAUCGGAUAUGAUUUACUAUGCGCAUGGCAAGCGCAUCGAUGCCAUGGAUAUCAACGGCAAGAACAAGAAAACGCUUGUCUCCAUGCACAUUUCGCAGGUGAUAAACAUUGCAGCAUUGGGUGGCUUUGUAUAUUGGCUGGACGAUAAGACAGGCGUAGAACGGAUUACAGUGACUGGAGAGCGUCGUACGGCGGAGUUGCAGCGUCUGCCGCAGAUAACCGAUAUCCGAGCUGUGUGGACGCCGGAUGCCAAGCUGCUGCGCAAUCAUACGUGCCUGCACAGCCGGACCAAGUGCUCUCACAUAUGCAUAGCUUCGGGCGAGGGCAUGGCACGCACCCGUGAUAUUUGCUCUUGUCCCAAGCAUCUUAUGCUGCUGGAGGACAAGGAGAAUUGUGGUGCCUUGCCCGCUUGUGGACCGGAUCAUUUCACGUGCGCCGCUUCCGUGACGGGCAACAGUAACAUGAACAAGGACUGUAUACCCGCUUCCUGGCGAUGCGAUGGCCAAAACGAUUGUCCCGACAAAUCAGAUGAGGUGGGCUGUCCCACAUGUCGCGCCGAUCAGUUUAGCUGCCAGUCUGGUGAAUGCAUCGACAAGUCGCUGGUCUGCGAUGGCACCACAAACUGUGCAAAUGGACAUGACGAAGCCGAUUGCUGCAAGCGACCCGGCGAGUUUCAGUGCCCCAUCAAUAAGAUCUGCAUAUCGGCUGCCCUACUGUGCGAUGAUUGGGAUAAUUGCGCUGAUGGUGCUGACGAAUCACCGGAUAUUUGCAUGCAGCGUCGCAUGGCGCCCGCCUCAGAUAAGCGGGCCUUUAUGAUUUUAAUUGGCGCCACCAUGAUUACCAUAUUCUCAAUUGUUUACCUGCUGCAGUUUUGUCGCACACGCAUUGGUAAAAGUCGCACCGAACCCAAGGAUGACCAGGCCUCAGAUCCGUUGUCACCCUCUACGCUGAGCAAAUCGCAGCGCGUCUCUAAAAUUGCAUCCGUGGCGGAUGCGGUGCGCAUGUCGACGCUUAACUCGCGCAAUAGUAUGAACUCCUACGAUAGAAAUCACAUCACCGGUGCCUCCAGCUCCACAACAAAUGGCAGCAGCAUGGUAGCGUAUCCCAUCAACCCGCCUCCGUCGCCAGCAACGCGCUCCCGGCGUCCAUAUCGUCACUAUAAGAUCAUCAAUCAGCCGCCACCGCCCACUCCCUGCUCCACGGACAUUUGCGACGAGUCGGACUCCAAUUAUACCAGCAAGUCGAAUAGCAAUAAUAGCAACGGUGGUGCAACAAAGCUAUCCUCAUCUUCGGCUGCAGUUUGCCUGCAAUAUGGUUACGAUAGCGAACCUUAUCCGCCGCCCCCCACACCGCGAUCGCAUUACCACAGUGAUGUGCGCAUUGUGCCCGAAUCCUCGUGUCCGCCAUCGCCAUCGUCACGCUCCUCUACCUACUUCUCUCCGCUGCCACCGCCACCGUCGCCCGUGCAGUCGCCUAGUCGCGGCUUUACGUAACAUUUCGAGUUUUACAUGUAAGAGCCAAAGUGGGGAAGAGCCGGAAACUAAAUCGCAUUUUUAAGUUAGUCCUUACAUAUCAUUGUUGCUUCCAAGGGCCGCUAUAUUUAAUCUAGAACUACUUCAAUUUUACUACCACUACUACUCGUAAUACUUGUACUAUUGUAAAUAUAUCUGUGUGUUUAUUGGUCAUUUAAGGCUUUAACUAUUUGUAACGUGAGAUUUUGUUUGGUUCCAGAUCCUAGCAUCCGAUCCAUUCGUCCCCCAAGUGUGUAAAUAAUUUAGUUUAUAAAGUUUUACAUGUAUUACGAUCUCGCUAAGUAUUUGCCAGCAUUUUCUUUAUUUGCCAGACGAAAUCUAUCGAAAAACAUAAGUAAAUUAUUCAUAAUACGCAAUAAUAGACUGCAAUUCAAAAGCAAACGUAUAAAUAUAAGCCUUUUAAUUAAAUCAUAUUCCAUGCAUAUCUAUUUAAAAUCUAUACAACGCAAUUUAAUAUUCCGUGUGCCAAAUUUUGCAAACUUCCCGAAAACGGUUUUAUUUAAGAUUAAAUAAAUAUUGACAGCAUACUAUACAUAUUUAAUUUAACAAUCUUAGAGUCAUAAAUGUAAA